AUGACCCCGCAUCUUUCACGGCUCCUGCACCGGUCCUGGUACAACCGUGUGCAGGUGCUCUCCGACCUGCACUUCGAGAUCGGCCAGCAGUACGCCGCCUUCACACUUCCCGUCGCCGCGCCCUACCUGCUCCUCGCCGGCGACAUCGGGCGGCUAGUCGACUACUCCGGCUACCUGAGCCUCCUCGCCGCGCAGGCCGCGCGCUUCGAGGCCGUGCUUGUCGUCCUCGGCAACCACGAGUUCUGCGGGAUGAGCCACGCCAAACGGUCUCGGCGCCGCAGCACGAGGGCAGCCCGCUCUCGUCGGCCUUUGCGACCGAGCUGCUGGCCGAGGGGGGCGGCGCGCGCCGGGCGCCCGACGGUCAGGGCGUGGGUGUUUGGCCACACGCACCACUGCACCGACAUGGUGUGCGCGGGCGUGCGCGUCAUGGCCAACCAGCGCCGCUACGUCCUUCCCGGGAUGUCGCUGGCCGCCGUCAAGGGCGCAAAGUGGAAGAAGAGAGCCCGCACCUUCGAUCCUGCUAAAGUGGUCGUCGUCCGGUAA